AUCAUCAUAUCCGACAGAAUAUUAGAAUCUCAAGGCCACUGAUCAAGGUCACGUUGUCACCGGUAAGGAAGAGCAGUAAAUUUUGUGGAAUGGCUAAAUAUACGUUAGUAUGUGUGCGUCAUGGAGAAAGCGAAUGGAAUAAGCAGAAUCUGUUUUGUGGAUGGCAUGACGCUGAUUUAUCGAGUACAGGAAUAGAAGAAGCCAAAAAUGCAGGAAAGAUGUUAAAAGAGAAGGGGUACCAGUUUGACAUUGCGUUCACUAGCGUGCUGAAGAGAGCGAUAAAAACUCUGUACAUGGUUCAGGAAGAGCUGGAUCUCCACUGGAUUCCUGUUCAAAGACACUGGAGGCUGAACGAACGGCACUACGGGGCGCUGCAGGGCUUAAACAAAGCAGAGACAGCAGCCAAGUAUGGGGAGGCACAAGUCAAGAUUUGGCGUAGGUCCUAUGACACCCCUCCCCCAGCCCUGAAGCCGACAGAUCCAGAAUGGUCAGCUAAUGACAGACGUUACAGUCAAUAUGACACCACCGUCGUCCCAGCCUGUGAAUGUUUGAAGGACACUGUGGCCCGAGUUCUUCCGUACUGGCAUGAUGCCAUAGUUCCAACCAUCAAAUCUGGUCAGAGGGUAAUAAUCUCAGCUCAUGGCAACAGCCUCAGGGCAUUAGUCAAAUACCUCAAGAACAUCCCGGACUCGGAAAUUCCAGAACUCAAUAUCCCCACAGGCAUCCCUUUGGUAAUUGAAAUGGAUGAAAACAUGAAGUAUGUGAAUGACUUCUAUCUGGCUGAUGAAGCUCAGGUGAAGGCUGCCAUGGAGAAAGUAGCCAAUCAGGGAAAAGCUAAAUAAUCACAAAGGUCAUGACCUCUGUAGUCCUGGUAACAUAGUGCUUGAAAGAGACAGUUUGAAUUUAUUACUUGUGCUUUGUUUUCUCUCAUGACAGAAGUUAUAGAAGAUUUACCCCAUCAGAAAGUUAGUCAAUGCUUCUACUUGUGAGUUAUAAAGUAGUUUGCUGACGGAGAAUUGUAAAUAGUUUUGCUGCCAUAUUGUUUUCCCUAUUUCCGUAUGUUGUACUGCAUAUUGAAGAAGUUUGUGAUUAACUUGUUAGCCCUGUUUUUGUGCAUUGAUUGUUAAAAAUCCAAUUUCUGUUGCCUAAUGUUAUUAUUAUAGGAAUAAAAGUGACAACAACAA